UUAAGUAAGUAAAUAAAAAAAUACAUGCUUGAUUUAUGAAUGUUAAACUCUCUCUUCAAAUAGUCUGACAAUUGUUUUAACAAACUGAUUUUUUCUUGUGUAUAAAUAUACUCUUCAUCACACUUAUCGUACAGUUGAGGAUUGCUCAUGAAUGUAUUGAUGAGCGAAUCAAGAAAGAUAGAUUUUUUUUGUUCCUCUGUUAACUCCAUUGUUGCUGUUGAUCCUAAGGAAGUUCACGGCAAAAUGAAAAAUGAAAUGCUACAGAGAUUCUUCCCCUCUCUGGAUCCCACUCGUCGCUUCGCUUCUGAGAAACGACGAACGUUCGAAACUUGUAAGUACCAGUUGAAAAUGUUACAAGAGACUCUAUUCUUGUUGUGACAUUGGAAGCUACGUAAUGGAUUCUGUUCAAAGGAAAAUUGUAACAAAAUUAUUGGAAAGUGACGAUUAUAGAUAUAUUUAUGAUGAUAGAGACGUAAACCAUGCUUUCACGCCUAAACUCAAAGAAUUUUUUUGUAUGAUUAGUAAUGAGAUUAGUAAGGAACUUCACAUUAAGAAAACAGAAAAAGAAUUAAAAAAUAUGUGGUAUAGUAUGAGAAAGAAGUUUGUUCAAAUUAAUUUGAAAAAAUCUCGUAGAACUUCUGUCACUGCAGCUCAAGCAGAUUUUUAUACAAAAUUGAUAUUUUUGGAAGAUCACAUUAGUCAUAAAGAUGAUGAUGUUUACCAAACCUUCAACCAAGGAGAAAUCAUUAAGUCUACGUAUGAUGAACUAACAGGUCAUACUUAUGAAGACUUCGAUGCAGGACACGAUCUUCAAAAUAUUAAUGAUCCUGUAGAAAACAAUGAAACAGUAGAUUUAGAGAUCUUAGAAGGGAAUGAAGAAAUUGUUUUUCAGUUACUGAAUAAGAAACCAGAAGAUAAAAAAAUGGAAAAGAAAGUAAUGAAGCCAAUGUUGUCAAUUUCUCACGAGACAAAGAAAAACAAGGAAUUGUCUACUGUCCGAACAAAACAUGAAUCUUAUAAAAGAAAAAUUAAGAAUGAAGCUGUACGUGAUUGUGCUUUAAUUUUAAGCCUGGUCAUUAUUGAAUACGAGAAUGCCAUUAUAAGAAAACUGUGUUUCGACUUCAUUAAAGCAAAGAUCAUACAAUUUCUGAAAUGCAAUGAUUUUAUAAAUAUGGUAUAAAUUAAUAUUACAAUAUUCUAAGUUUGUGUUUUGUUAUGAUUAUAACAUUCAUUGUUUUAGAUCCUUGAUAUUGUAUUUUCAAUAAAAAAAUAAAUAAAGAAAUAAAUUGAAAGCAUGUAAAAAAAUAUUUUAUUA